AUGGACAAAAUUUUUCCUAAAGAUACAAUUAAGAAUACGGCUGAUUCGAUCGGAAUUACAAAUCUUAAGGACAACGCAGCGGCUGCCUUAGCCCUUGAUGCCGAGUAUAGAAUUCAUGAGAUUAUACAGGAAGCAAAUAAGUUUAUGCGUCACUCGAAACGUACAAGGCUUACUGGCGAAGACAUAAAUAAUGCUCUUCGCGUUGUUAAUGUAGAUCCGCUAUACGGAUUUACUUUAAAUGACAAUUUCAAAUUUCAACGCACUCUAGUAACAGGUCAACAAGAAUUGUUAUAUAUGGAUGAUGAUGAAUAUGAAUUUGAAAACCUUAUUGCCUCGCCUAUGCCAAAAUUACCUGCGGAAGUCACAUUUACUGCUCACUGGCUUGCUGUAGAAGGUGUCCAGCCAGCAAUACCUCAUAACCCUCCCCCACCUAUCGAAGAUACUAUACCAGAUAAUAGUCGUAAAAAGGCACCUUCAAAUGCCAUUGUUCAAGUUCCUAAUGGUGUGGUGACCGGCACACCUGAUAUUGAACUCAAACCUUUAGUUCAACAUGUAAUCUCUCAAGAAUUGAAGGUGUUUUAUGAUAAGGUCACAAAGACCAUAAAAGGAGGGGAUAGUAAAAUGAAAGUAUCUGUUCUCUAUAAUCUUCAACAUGAUACUGGGUUAGCACAAUUGCUUCCAUAUUUUGUACGAUUUAUUUGUGAACAGAUCGGACAAAAUAUAAAAAAAAACCCCGUAUUAGAAUCAAUAUUGGAAAUGACUAAUGCAUUAAUAAAUAAUACUAGUCUCCGCUUAGAACCUUAUUUACAUCACAUGGUUCCUGCGAUAUUAACUUGUGUUGUAAGAAAGAAAUUUGGACUCGAUCCUGAAUAUCAUUGGAGAAUACGCGAUUCAGCCGCACUCGUACUUGCCAAAAUAUGUGAUCGAUUUGGAAUGGAAUAUAAUACCUUACAACCAAGAGUUAUCAAGACGUUAUUAUCCGCUUUAACUGAUCAAACAAAAUCUUUAAGUACACAUUAUGGCUGUAUAGUGGCAUUGGGAGCGUUAGGGCGUGAAGUUAUAAAGACAAUCUUAGUACCAAAUCUUAAAACAUACUUAGAAAUAUUAGAACAGCGUAAAAAAGUUGAUAAAAAUAAAGCCGAACGUUGCGAAAAUGCUAUUUUU